GGUUGGUGGGUCAACGACUGAAGUGUCUCUUCUGCUGCUACUCUCCUCUAGACCACCCAGAUCCGGUCACAGUCGUCACUCGGCCAUCUCUACUGGACCUUGAGCAUCCGGACAUUGGAUCGAUUCAUUGUUGGAGCUGUAGGCCGUUGGUCUCAUGGGCAAGUUACGUCGGGGUCAGAUAUAUCAGUCAAUCUUGCGGAGCAUUGUCGAUACUAACCACCCGGGCCUCCCAACUACGGCUCCCGUAGCUGCGCCAGCGGGGUCACCGAUCAAUGUUGAAGAGGGCACCUCCAUCACAAAUCAUCUUGUAAGCAUACUGCCUGAUCAGAGCUCAAGACCACACGACAUACCAUUGCAACAUCUAAAAGACAUCACAGGUAACUUCUCCGACGAACGAAUACUUGGCAAGGGUGGUUCUGGCGUGGUAUACAAGGGAGUGUUGCCAAAUGGAGAAAUAAUUGCUGUGAAGAAGAUCGUCUCAUCGUUAAUGCCAGGCCUACAGAAGCAAUUUGAGAGCGAGGUGUACCAUCGUAUGAUGCUUAAUCACACCAAUAUAGUGCGAUGUGUAGGCUACUGCUACGAAAUAAAGAAUGCGUGUUUAGAGUACAAUGGGAAAUACGUUUUUGCAGAGAUGGCUGAAAGGUUACUUUGCUUGGAGUAUAUGCCCAAUGGAAGUCUAGAUAGGUAUAUAUCAGAUGAAUCUUCUGGACUUGAUUGGAGCACACGCUAUAAAAUAAUUGAGGGGAUCUGCUAUGGUUUGCGUCACCUUCAUGAGGAAAAUGGUAAACCUAUAAUUCACUUGGACCUUAAGCCCGCUAACAUAUUGCUCGAUGAUGGUAUGGUACCAAAAAUCACAGACUUCGGUCUGUCAAGACUACUUGAUCAACAGCAAACUAUUUGUACUACAUCUCGUGAUGGAACAUUUGGUUACAUGGCACCAGAGUUUCUGCGUGGAGGCACAAUUACACCCAAGUCAGACAUAUUCAGUUUGGGUGUAAUAAUGAUGGAGAUAAUAACAGGGCACAGGGACUACCCAUAUGUUGCUGGAACAUCUUCAGAUGAUUUUGUCAAGCUUAUACUUGGAAAAUGGAAAAACGAGUUGAAGAGAUCACCACGAUAUGGAUCCGUGAAAACAAAUUGUGAACAAAUAAAACGAUGCGUCGAGGUAGGUUUGAUCUGCGUGAACCCUGACGGCACGAGAAGGCCUCAGAUAGCGAAAGUUAUCAACAUGCUUCAAGGAUUGGAAGGUAUCGAUUGUCACAUUAGCAAUGAGGAGGCAACCUAGUCGGCGGGCCAGGUCUGAUCACUUAAUUGUAGCUGUAAGGGACAUUGAGCUUGUAUUUGCAGGCUCUUCUGUUUUUUAGGAAGUACCAUCAGUAAUCACAGACCUGAAAAAAGUACAAGGAACUGGGUUUUUUUUCAAUGUCUGUGUGCAGCUAGUAUCCGAGGAGCUUGCAUUUCUCUGCAAUGCAGCGCAUCGGGUCACUGCAUCGACCCUGAUGACCCAUGUAAUAAGAGACCGUGGAUGCAGAUCGUCUGAGGCCAGAUGGCUGGAGAAUGGGACCGACCUAUCAUCCUGAAGGAGACGUUGGUGUGGCUGGAGCUCGAUCGGGUUCUUCGCGUACAACUGAUUUAUUUUGUUGGUGUAUGUUUGCACCUUGAAGUGUCCCUCAUCGGCCUGCAAUGCUUCAAUGACAUAGUCUGCGAACCGUUUGCCUUUUGUUUGAUGAUGCAUCCGUUGUUAAACUUGAAUAUAAUGCAAGAUGUGGAGCCGUGUUUGCCUGCCUGC